GCCAUGUAAAAAUUAUAUGGUUUACUUUAGUAUUUUAUAAACAGCAGUCUGUCAAAUUUGGAUUCGAAUUAUUUUGAUACACACUGUAGAAGCUGUUCAUAAGAACAAGUUGAUCCAUGCAUAUACCAUUGUACAAAUGUUGCUGCCGAUAAGUAGAUUAUUUUCUAAUUGAGUAUGUAUUCCUGUUCGAAUCUAUUCUAGCUAUAUUUAACCAUAUUCAACGUAUACUAAAACUAAAGAGCAUGUUUAAAAUGAUAUUUUAAAAAUGCGUUUCGCCCAAAUUUGUGACGGCGCAUGUGCGUCGGUUAAAAAUGUCAAUGCCACAAAGCUAAUAUUUUUAAAUGAGCUCUCACCCUGUCUUUGUACAAUUCGUUACUGAACGCUCGGGAAAUACUAAAUGACUAUAUUGAAAGCAAAUUUGGCAAUCAACGGCUUGGAUACACUUGUGUUACUGUUGGUUUACCUAAUCAGGGUUGGUCCCGCAAUAUUCAACCAUUCAUGUUUGCUUUUCGGGAAGUAAUCAAAUAUUCCCACUUGCGAUAAUUGUCCUCUUAUAAAGUCGUCUUUUCGUAAGCGCUCAUGCGCAUCUUGUUGUAAAGCGUCUCGUCUAUGAUUCGCCGGAAGUUGAACGAGAGUAUACAAUGCCUGGCUAGUAUCUUGUAUAUAAAGGACAAUGCCGUGGAAACGUUUGUUGUUCUUCUGUCAGUAGGUGACCGCACGCUCACAGGAAUGCCACAGAGACUGCGUAUACAGGCGACCUGGUGACAUAGAUUGUUUUUCUCACUCUUAGUAAUUAACCGACGACAAAGGCAAUUCAAAGCGAUAACAAAGCUCGCUAACGCUGUAUUAGGUUAAGAGUGUUACUUUAGUCAUAGGCUAUUGGAAACCACUUCCAUUCCCUGCCAAUGGACGAAACGUACUAAGGUGAACAAAGGUAUUAUUAGUUUGAUAUUAGUUUUUUAAUCAACGUGUUUUCAUAUACUGUUUUGUUAUGCUACGUAAGAUUAAGGAGAACAAUCUUAAUUUCAUUUUAAAUUAAUCUCUUGCCGCUAAUAUUGAAUAACUGUGAUAUUAAUCAGUGUACUACAACUGAAUAUAUAUCGUUUGGGUUAUAGGGUCUCAUUGCGGCAGUAAUUUUGACUUUCCAUAAAUGGUUAAAGAGUAGCCAAUUUUUCUCACAUGCAUAGAUUAUAGUGAAAUAAAGAAAUUGCUGUUCUUACUUGUCCUCUUUAUGUUGCCUAAUUUCGUUUAUAUAUUAACAUCUUUUAUAUUGUUGUCAGGCUUAAUUUGCUUCAUACCGGUCUUAGUAUUGUAACUGUUCACAAUGGGCAACAAGUUUAAGUCAUCAUUUUCAACCAUAUCGGUACAAGUGACUUAUUUCCUGUACUGGAUUAUCUCUCAUUUUUGCUAUUUUGUUGAGUAUGGGGUGUUUCCAAUUUAAGAAGGAUACCGCUUUACAAAUUAAACUAUAUAGUGUAUCUAAGAAGCGAAAAUGAAUUCCUAACGUGAUUGAUAAUGUAAUGUCAACAUUAUGCCUUUCUGGAGUUUAAAAAUACUAUACAAACUAAAGUAAAAUGUGAUAUACAGUAUACGCAGAAAACUUUAUAUGUUUCAUAUAAUGAUUUUAAUGCACCGCGGUAGGGAAAACUUGUGACGAUUCUUUAAUUACAUAUAUUAAUAUUCUCUUAUACCAUUGAUACUGUGUACAAGCAGUUAAGCCGGCUUAGACGUGAGUUUAGCAGUCAGUCUGGUGCCUUUAUUCAUUUGACACAAGUUAUAGAAUGCUUAAUAUAUAGUGAGACUAUUGUAAGAACGAGAGUGAUUUGUACAUAAGUGCUUUAAAUCGUACCUCCAAUCUCUAUUAAUUAUAUUGAAUUGAGAAACGGCACUUUUCUCUAUAUAAACAUAUUCAUAACUGCGUCAUAACUCUUCGUAUGACUGGUCAGUUACAUUGACACAAGAGGACAUCGUUAUUUUUCUUCAGGAUAAAAAGUCAAUAUCGUAUAAAGGCAUUUCAAAACUAGCGUGUAUAUAACAUGUGUAUAAUAGGUUCAUUAAAGAAGUACCUAUAGAAGACAAUUAAUCGAAGGGUUCCUUUUUGGGAACUGAAACAAAGUCGUGUUUGUCCAAGAACUACAAUUCUACUGGUCGCCUUUCGAUAGAAUUAAGAAUGUUCUACCGACUGUUAAUUUCAAGGAGUCGAUUUGACUCUCAGUUGUUUCGAAAAGCAUUUAACUCCAAAUGUGGAGUAAAAUUUGGUUCAAAAUAACUCCAGCUGAGUGAAAUUAACUCCCUGAAAUUAACAGUGUAUAUAGUAAUUAAGUUAAAUAACAAUGUUAUCGUACUUGUUAACUGUCAGUCAAGUACGUCUAUUAGUAUAUCGAUCGGCGGAAAAAUGAAGGGACUCAGUUCAAACUCUUUUAAUUAUACGCUAUAGGAUUUAGCAGAUUCACGCAACGAUUUCACUUAUAGGUCAGCUCUACAGUAAAUCAGGUCUUGACAAAUUCCCGCGAGUUCUUUUAUCAUAUCUUUGCUGAAAAGUGGAGUCAAUCAAAAUUAGAUAUCUCAAUUAUGGAUCUAUAUCCAAUGUGUCAAUGGAUCUAAUAUCGUGUGAAACUGACGAGAAAAUAUAGUUGGCAAUGCCAAUUGUGAAUUCAGUCGCACUAUUCGUAGAACCAUUUUAAUUAAUCAUAGAUUGACCUUCAGUCAAAACAAUGAAAAUCGUUGAUAAAUCAUGCAGCCAAGAGAAUUUUCACUAUGUAGGUUGCAGAUUGCCAAUCAAUUUCAUUAGUAUACCAUUACCCAAUCAUGCACUUUACACCAUCCUUUUUUCUGUGAUCACAGUAGGAAUUUUGCAUAAGUCAAUUCUAAGUUUUGAAGAAUUCUUUGAGGGAAUUCACUCACUGUUCAACACGGAAUCAGUUCCCUCAAACAUUUCUUACAAAUCCUUCAAAACUUAUAUCAUUUACCCAGUAUGCAAAAUUCCUACUGUGAUCACAGAAACCGGCUUUGAUAAUGUAACCCAGCCUUUAAUAUUUUUUGUUCUGCAUCCACCAAUACCGCAAUCAUGACUUUAACUAUUAAUAGCACUUUGCGGGUGUUCUCCAAAAUGUGUGAAAGUAUGGAAACCAAGAUGCACUCAAAUCCACAAUAAUGCCAAAAUGGGAAGUCGUUGCAAAUAUGCACAAGCAUAAUUUCACCUCCCUAAAUUAUGUAUUCUAAACUUUCUUUCUGUUUAGCCAACGAUAUAAAAUUCGAGGAGAUUUUAUCAAAGUAUCUCUUUAGUUUUUUUAAUUAAAUUAACUUUCCCAUAAUCCCGAUGACGAAAUUGGAAGAAACGAGAACGGUAUUUUGCGUAGCAUCACCAGAUCGCUAUGGCAAGCUAGAAUAAACAAAAAAUAUUUCCCCCCUCAACUAAGGCGCUGAGAAGUGUAACUAAGGCCCGCUGAUAGGCUGAUUGAGUCAUUCAUCGUCUCGUGAUCAUGAUAACUCAUUCUCUGUGUGACGUCACAUUUUGUCGAGGCAUGCUUGAUCUUGAGAAGGUGGCCGUUCAGUUCAGUCGCCGCGGUUUGUUUCAUCAUACCUUGGUGCGCGUGCAUUCGUCUCUAAUUUCUCUUUGUGUAUUUAUACCUAUCACUGUAUUUGCUUAGCUUUGCAUCUUUGUAAUACUUCGCAUUGCAAGGACACGGAAAUGUACAUAUGAACAAAUUAUUUUUCUUCACUCUACAGGCGCUGUCACGGUACAAACCUAAUGGUCCUAUGAGAUUUAUAAUUGCCAUUGUGCUUGGAACACUCAUGUUUCAAGCUUCACCGCUACAACUACCUCGUGACGCAGUCGUAAGAACUCGAUGGAAUUUCGAGAGAACGACAUUGGAAAACGCUUUUGACCACACGCGGGAAAAAAGAUCCGUCCAAGGAUCUGAACAGCAAACGAAUAUCCGAAUUGUUCGCAUUUACCACCAUUAUCAUUACUUUUUACAAGUUUCAAAAGGCGGCAAAGUUGGCGGAACUAAAGAUAUCAAGGGCAACGGUAAGUCUGGCAAUUUAAACGUGUUUUUAUUAUAUAUAUAUAAUAUAUAUAUAAUAAUAGGAUUAGAUGUUUACGCGUUAAUUAGAGUCGGUGAAUAUGGACUAAUUUCUUGCCAAGAAUUCAUGUGAUCAUUUGCGACCGAAACUGGCAAGAUGCCACCCAUGCAAACUGCAAAAGUAUUAUGCUAUCUCUGGGCUCUUUGUUAAAUUUUGGAAGUCAUUUUGGAAUGCGUUUGCAUAACCUGAAAGUAUUUGGAUUUUCUUCCGCUUAAAAUGACAUUUUUUCCCCUUUUUGACAUGCUAUUUUAGAUCUAGUAAUUAAAUUACUCCGUGGACCGUGAUUAUUCGCGCUCUAAGCUGCUUAGAUAGGUAAUAAAAACACCAUAUACUUGAAAUUGUGGAUAUCUGAACUUAGUUUAAAAGAAAGACGCACUUGUAGUUCUCUAUUUGAUCCAUCUCAUAUAGAUUGACAAGUAUACAAGAUCAUUUAGCUAAUAUAUAUAUAAAACCUUAUUCGAAUUUAUAUCACUGUUUUAUUCAGCAAGAGUGUCAUCUAAUUCAGUUGUUACAGCAUAGUUUACGUGGCAUUGAAGUAUUCCUAUUCCGGUUGGGCCAACACCGGUGUUUUUUAUAAAACUGAGACAGCAAUUCCUUCGGCUGCUUCGCUUAUGGAAAAAUCUCCGGUUAAUGCUUACGCCUUUAGCCUUAAAUGCUUCUGCCAGUUUAGUUUACUGUUUCCAUUAUAUAAAGAUGGUAAAAAUCAUACCCCGAACUUGAACCAUGCAUGAAACGGUUGCAGGUUCUCAACUUAAGGUUGACUAUAUAUAACGGUUUUGAAAUUCGUGAAUAAAAUAUGGUCAAUGGAGCCAUUUCGAUCCUCUGAAAGUAGUAGAAGUAUGAAGCCCGUGGCCGUGCAUUUGGCAUUAAUUGGUUCAUUGUGAAAGAAUCAGAAAGUUCCUAAGCGAAGGUCCGCCGAAAGUGUUUCAAUCACAUGAGGUUAUUUUUCUUUAUUAAGAUAUUAUUAUCUGCCUCUAAUUUGGCUCUGGCAUGCAUGCAGCAAACUUAAACUCUAUUGCGUGAUUUAAAAACAAACAAAAAUGUUGAUUGUUUUUGCCACGGUAUGAGACAUGUUUGUUAACACGCAAUGCAAAUUGGCGUGGUGUUCUAUUUGUUCUUUCCACUCUUCCAUAAUAAUGGCUCAUAAAGAAUGUCAACUUAGCCACACAAUCAGUCACACUAUGCAGCCUGGUGAAUCGUGAGAAGGGAGGUAGCGACCGCCAUAUCAUAUCACUGUAUGUAUUCUCUAACUAAAAAUAGCACUCUUUAUAUAUAUUUAGCAUCGGGUGGGAACUUCAUGUGCUGUUGACUUUUCGCCACAGAAUGUUCUUUCUGGUAAACGGAAUUGAGAACAACGGGAUUAAAAUAUUAAAGGAUAAGAGCUAGUGUCAGUCCAUUUUCUUCUUAAAAUAUUAUUCCUAUAAUUAUCAGGAGCGUAAAUCCUGGGGGGUGGGGCGAGGAAGUCGUUCCCCUCACUUUCUGGACAUUGUGAUAUAAUCCAUACUAAAUUACAUUUGUUCGCUGGCACGGCCGCCACACUUUUUGGAAUGGAUUUUCACUCUGGCAUGGUAAUUACCAUACCUAACAGGAUAAAUAUUCUACGAAAUUGUAUGAAUUGAUUUAUAUUUGUGAACCGGUAAGAUGGGUGUGCAUCAUUGACAUUGUAUAGAAUUUUCAGCUGAGUGUUUAAUUAAUAUUGGCUUAAAAUGUAGCCUAUAUAUAUGACUACAGCAGUUCUUAUUUAAUUAUAUUUGUCGGCGAGAAGACGUACGUACAGAUAUUUAGAAAGAGGGACAAACGGUUGUUUCUGAAGUUUAUAUUUAGCAAAUGUCGCUAUUUUCACCUAACCUAUAUUUCUGUGCACAAAAUUAGAUCGGCUUGACUCUUCCACAGUCCCUCAAAUUUGCUUCAGAAAAAUUAAGAUCAUGUAGCCUCCAAGACAUGCAGGCUAGUCUUGCAGGUUGGAACAAUAGGACGCAAAUGCCCAUGGGAAUGCUCUCGCAUUCUUUGCUAUUGCAUUCCCAUCAUUCCGAAUGCGGGCCGUCCGCAAUCUCGUAAAAUUCAAGUCAAAGAGGGGUCAUGCAAAGUUGAUCAUCUUUGGCGACUGAUUUUAUUGAUUUUCAAUAGCUACCGAAUUUUACUGCUAAGUAGCUUAGUAGCAAACAAUGUAUAAAUAACUAAGUUAAGAGCGAAGCAAGAAGAGAUGGACGCCAACGCUUGUAUGUCUAAUUAGUUAUGUCAUGUUAAGUUAAGGACUUUAUAAGGACCUGUACAGUGACAUGAGGCAACCUAGCACGUUCAGCAGUUAAUUUUUCAACAAGUGUAUUUGGACUUCGUUUUGAUAACCCAAUUAUCUAUUUAUUUUAGCUUUCCAAACAUAACCUUUUUCCAAACAUUUUUCAUCGUAAUACAUAUAGUGUAUAUAAUUAUAUGUAUACAUGCAUGAAUCAUGACUCAUAAACUUGACUUGUCCGUGUGCCAGUAUAGGUACGUAUAGUGCCAACAAUAGCGAAACUUCCGUUGAUAGGAAUGAAACUACCUGAUAAAUACAAGCAUGCAGAACUUCGACGUUUCGAGUGAAGGCCCUUCGUCGGUUAGGUAUAUAGCAGUGAACUAUAAAUAAACUGGAAGGCUAACUCAGGGGGGGGGGAUUGAAGCCAGUACAUUUUAGUUUUUCUGAGUUAUGAGCAUGCAGUUAUCAACACUGAACGUUGGGCUAUAUAUCAAAUUGAAGCUAUAUUGAAAAACGCUAUUUGGUGUAGAAAUUUCAAGAAUUUAACUAAAAGGGAAAUAUUGAAAAACUACAAAAAUAAUUGCCGAUAACUUUGCCAUUUUGCAGUUGUUUUUGUAUUUUUUAAAUAUUUUUCUUUUCGCUGAAGUCUUGAAAUUUCCUCACCGAAUAGCAAUUUUCAAUAGCUUCAAUUUGAUAUAUAGCCCGACGUUUGGGGUCAAGUAUUUCUGCUCAUAACUCAGAAAAACUAUUUUGGCUUCAUCAAAUCAUAGGCCUUCAUCAUAGCAGUUAGCCUUCCAGUUUAUUUAUAGUUCAAUGAGGUAUAGGCCGGGCUACAAACUUCCCGACAAGGGCCUUCGUUCGAAACCGUCGAAGUUCUCCUUGUAUCCCUACCAAUCGAAAUUUAAUUUGUUAUGAAUCAUGGUAACCUACAUCUGAAGAUUACACCAGCAAUUGCUUAAUACGUGAAAUUGUUUCCAAAGUUACGUAACGUCGAAAACUAAAUACAAAAUAUGCGUUAAGGCAGUUUUCCACUAGGCGAAAUUUUUCGAUCGAACCGAAAUUUCUAGUGUUCAAAUUCAAAAGAUUUCUGAUUAGUUCCAUCUGAGUGCUUGUAAGACAAAAGAAAAUUUCGAUUCGGUCGAAAAAUUUCGCCUAGUGGAAAACCGCUUUUAAACGGCAAAUUGCAGACGGCUGGCGACAAGCUGCGGUUUGCGGUUAGCGUUUGACGUCGAAGGAAAAUUCGAAAGGUCUCUACAUUGUUUAUUCAUACCAACCCUACUACAAAUAAAACUUAACGCUAAUUUGAAAACUCCAAAGCAUAUGCAUUAAUCAGAAAGUUAUCCGAUCGAAGAAAAGCCAAGGCACUGCCAGGGUCUUAGCUAGGAUUUUAUAUCUUGGGCGUGUUUCUAAAUUUCCAGGGUGUGCCCCUGUCAAUUGCCUUGAAUAGCCAAAAACAUGAUUCCAGUUAUGCUUGUCAACAAUAGACUAUACCUGUGGUUGUUCUAUAUGCUUUUUAACCAAAUACAAGGCGAGCAUACGCUCAUAUCUCGCACUGACAUUAUAAUAACUUAUUUUAGCAACUUUUGGGACAUUUAAAGCCAUUUUAACAACCAUACGGUUCCCAUUAUCCAUCAAAACAUUAAAACAUUAAAACAUCACGGAUCACUUUUACCAAUUUCAACAACUACAGUAGAUUUUACAAAGAAAUGAUGUAUGUUGUAAGUAGCAACACCUUAUUUUAUGAACGUACAUGCACGGCCAAAAAUAAAUACUGAAGCCGCGUUCAUUUCAUCUAGCCGUGCCAACACGGCCUUCUAGCUAAGACCCUGGGCACUGCGCUGUAUUUAUAUACUAGCUAAUUCACUUGCAUUUGGUACAAUGUUGCAAUUAGACAUUUACCUGUUUCUCGGUGUACCAUCUAUUCGCCCUACGAAAUACACUACGAAAGACCGUCGAAGUUUAAGGUUCGCAAGAGAAAAGUGGCACGACAGUUCCUGACAAAUAUUGCAUCAUUUCCUGUCCUUAAUUAAACCAAUUAUAACCCAUUGUGUACCUUUAUGUAGACAAAGGUUUAGUUAUGAUCUAGAACAACGCGUAACCACAGGCAUCUGAGCUAUAUGGCGGGAAAGUGUUUUUCAUGUAGAUUAGGUGUGGUCUGUGCUGUUACUAUCCCACAGUUUAUUCGACAUUGCCAAGAAUAUAUUCGAAAAAUAUUCCAGGAAUGUGACAUAUUUGGCAGAUUUGUGAUAAAUGUUUACACAUUUGGCCACACCAAGUUUGUUUUGCUUUUAACGAAUCUGCAUGAAGGGCAAGGCAAAACAAAUAGACAGGGUUUAACUGAUAGAUUUGACAGCCAUUUAUGAAAGUGGUCAAUGCAUUGAACACCGUCAUAUACGAAUGGAAAUUUACGAUGGUUAUCUGAGCUCCAUUUAGUGCCGGAAUGCAUGUAUGAAAAUUUAUUAUCAAUAAUUAGUAUAAAUAAUUCGUUGUAUUUAAGUGUGAAGAGUUUGAAUUUUGGAUGGCUGUUCGGCCGUUUAAUUUCGAUCCGAUUGCUGGAAGUAUCUCUACAUACUAAUUUCUUCUGAAACUUCCAGUAAUUUCCAAGUAUGGUCUUCGAUCAAAAACACCAAACCAAAUCCUCCUGACCUCAGUUGGCUAAAAUUUUCGGUAAAGCCAAACGUUAUUUAUGGCGAUAAACCAUGAUAAGCCUUUUAACAUUUUUAAAGAUUUAGCUAUCAGUACAGAAUUAUUUUAAACUCGUUUAUAUAAUCUACCAUACUAUAGACGAAAUGGUGGUAGCAAGGCUUACCCACAUUAAAAGCCAACAUAUCGGCCAUAGUGAAUCGACAUUGCUACCAUGGCAGCAGUUGUGACGUAGCUUUUGUGAUUCUUACAAUUUGCUUUGAUACAACUUAAAGUCGUACAAUAUUUAUUUUCCAAUAAGCAACAUUUCUUCAGAAGGUGGCUAACUCAUAAACUUUCCAUACGUCAGAAAAUAGUAGGGAGCCACCUUAAUUCACACAGUGAAAGUUGACUUUCCCUCAUUUUAUGUGGCAUUAGAUGUCAAACUUUGACCCAAAGACUAGAAUUACUUUAAAAGUUUCCACUGGCACACACUUUGGUCAAAGCAUCCGUUGACCAAAGACAGAAACCAGCUGCAAUAUUUGCUUUCAUGUGUUAAACAAUUUUCCCAAGAGCACAGGUGCCAAGAGUAAGACUUAUACAUGACAAGAAUGAAAGAGUAUUAAUCCGACUAAUUAAUUAAUUUAAUUAAUUAAAUGUAUUUAUUUUUUAUGACAAAAUUACUGCAAUCUGAUUGGUUAAGAGGAGUACAAUUUAGAGAAGUGCAAUUAAGUUGAGUGCAAAAAAUGCGACUGGCUUUGUGAAAACAAACAUCGCAAUGCACUCGCGUCGGCGGCUCGUGCAAUUUUGGCACAUUUUCCAGAAAUCAUUGCAAUUAAUCAUGAAUUGCACUCCUUCCCGUGUGAUUACCUAUUAAGGUAUGUUAAUAUUGGUUAAUAAUAUCAUGGCUUUCUUUUUAGUCUAUUUCCGGAUGGAAACAUAUGGUACGAGUUUGGUUCGCUUAUAUAACAUAGCGGCAAAACUAUACAUCGCUAUUAACAAGAGAGGAGUCGUUAUUACAGAGGUAUGUUUUCAUCCAGAUCCGGUAUUAGAGAGGUUCAGAUUUUAACUACCGCUACCGUUAACCAAUCAGAUGCGUUUAAUCUACUCAAUCAACCAAUCAAAUGCGCAAUAAUGGCUGCCAGUAAGAGGUAGCGCGGUAGUGGGAUUCCUAGCUACCCGAAAUUUUAUAUUCCUACCUCAAAUAUUCAUAUUACAACCAUCGAUAUUUAUGUUUACACCACUUUAAAACCCAGUACUUACACCUCCGAGAAUUGAUAAUGAUCACAAUGAUAAACUAUAAAUAUUCCUGAAAUUAUUUAAAUUUCUCUUUCUAUAAUAGAAGAGCAAAACCGAUAAAUCUUUAUUCCAGUACAGUGUUAACGGUGGUUUCGUCAGAUUCUCAUUGGCGAAAUAUAAAAGGGACACGUGGUUACUCACACUGAAAAAGAAUGGCAAAGUAAAAAAUGCAAGAAGGACUAAUCCCAACAUGAAAGCAACAAUUUUUUUACUUUUUUAAGUGAUCAAUGACAAUCUCCGCCAAAUCUGUUUCAUAUUAAAUUUUCUGACAUUUGUUCAGUUUUGCUAGAUAUAUGCGUAGUUGUUAUCUAAGAAAGCACCUUAUCAAUGCAUGGACCGCGCAGCGAUUUUACGAUUGAGGAGGGGGCUGGUGUUGAGAUGAAGUAAGUUGGCGGCGAAGCAGGGAACCUUCCUAGUUGGGUCUGGUGAAAAUUACAAGCCCCAAAAAUUACAAGCACGCUUAAAACUGCGACACUGUAGAAGCCCAAAACACCUUCAAAGGAAAUAUGUUUUACCUUUCGAAACUGAUUUUGGUUAAGUCGCGUACAAAAGGAGAACUAUAUAUUCCAACCUUGUAUGCAGUGAUUACGAGCUCGAGAUUUCUAUGAGGUCAUAGUUGAUGAGGGUAAAGCCCGAAUCAACUAUAUCAUCUCAUAGAAAUUGAGAGCAAGUAAUCUAAUUGUUUUAGUAGAAUCAGAGUCCAGAGAUCAAACAUAAAAUAUUCCACAAAAUAAUUCAAUAAUUCAAUAAAAAACGCGAGCCGGAAACAAUUUUUUUAGAAAUGUGCCAGGAAAAUUAUUGUUUUUCUACUUGCUAUCUAUCGAGGAAUAGAUAGCGAGUGGAAUAGCCAAUCAAAUUACAGCAUUUGCAAUAGUAUACUAGUAUGAUUCUACCAAUAGUAUAUUUAUUAUAGUACUAGUGUAUCAAUUUCCCAAACCAAGCACGAAAGGGAAUAUGCGUUCAAUACCAUACAAAUUAUUGGGGGGGGGGGGGCCUGGAGCCCCCUCAGCCCCCCGCUUGCGCGGUCCUUGCAAUGUAGAAAUAACAUUUUUAAUUGUAAAUAUGAAAUAAAUACGUACGUAAAUGAAUUGAAUGUAUAUAUUUGAGCAUGAUGGUAAACAAACGUACGUACGAAAUAAUAUAUAUAUAUUUGUGUGAUACAUAGGUAUUUAUUGCAUUUGUUAAUAAUUCGUGUGUAAUUAAAUAUUAAUUUGUAUGGGCAGGUACAGUCAUGGAAAUGUUCGACAGUCUGCAAAUAAUUGGAAAUAUCAUGUAGUUGUAAAUAAAUCCAGUUGUUGUAAAUUUUUUAAUGGAACAAUAGUAUUACGUGCUUUACCGACUAUAUAGGGUUUGUUUUUUUUAAGGUCGUUGAGAAUCGAUAAGCUCGUCAAAUUCUAUUAAAACCCAUUUUGCCGGGGCAUUCCUAUACCAGCUAGGAAUGACACACAAACGCUAUUUAGCGAUUAGACACGCCCCACAUUCGCUGGCUGGCACUGAAAACGAAAAUAAAAAUGUACAACUUUGUUAUUCUAUUGUAAAUGAAAUUUACCUUUCCUUCAUGAUGAGCGUCUGAUUCAUCGGAAUCCAUAUUUGAAGCUAGUGAAGAAAACGAGUUUACUACUCGUAUUUAAGUCGUAUGUAAGUCGUAUGUAGUCGUAUGUAACUCGUAUGUACUCGUAUGUAACUCGUGUUACUCGUGUGGUGUUUCAGUCACGAUCCAAUCAAAUUAACUCGAAACUAGUGUUCGAGUUUUCACUAGAAGUUUUUAAUUCUUCAAUAACAUCAUUAAUUAUCCGCGAUCGUGACUAAAACACCACGCGCGUUACAUACCAGUACAUACGAGUAACACACGAGUACAUACGACUAACAUACGACUAACAUACGAGUAAAUACGACUUACAUACGAUGAUACGGGUAGUAAACUCGUUUUCUUUCACUUUCGCUUUGUUAUCUAAUAUCUACUAGCUUUAAAUAUGGAUUCCGACGAAUCAGACACUGAAGGAAAGGUAAUUUCUUUUAAAAAUAGAAUAACAAGUUCUAUAUUUUCAUUUCAAUGUCUAUUUUGUAGUUGUCUUGUUAAUUACACAUAUACGAAUAACACGAGUAUACGACAACAUACGAGUACACACGACUUACAUACGAGUACAUACGACUUACAUACGGGUAAUAAACUCGUUUUCAGUGUUUGUAUAUUGCAUUGUUAAUAGACAAAAAUAUGGCAUUCUUGGUUGACAAACUUGAUUAGUAAUUGAAACUAAUUUUUACGUCUUUGCGAAAAAUAUCAAUUUCUCUGCCCUCUUUUUUCCCAUCGAAUUUACUCUCGACGUACUACUUUGCUAUGAAAACGACCCAAAAUUAAAAUAACGCUUACAAUCAACAAUCGAUAAUUUGUGAAAAUAUGAACGUUAUACUUUACAAGAAAUUAUGAAAUACAGUAG